CACUUCCUACUUUUCCAGCAUCUUAUCUCUUCAUUUGGAAACCUGGUAGACCACCUGGAAAAUCUUUUGCUUUAGAAAAGGCCUCUAAAUAGCUGGCCCACCCCUGACUGCAAAGGGGUCUUGUCUGCCAGUGUGGACACCACCAAGGAGCAGGAGGGAUCCUGAAUUUUCACUCUGGCCGUCUGGACCAGCUCUCCAGAUAUGGCCCAGGCUCAAGGCUUCGGAAGAAGGUCCGCCAAGGCCUUCCUGAAAGGUUUCUUCGUAGCCGUGCCGGUGACUGUGACGUUCCUGGAUCGAGUGGCCUGUGUGGCGAGAGUGGAGGGAACAUCGAUGCAGCCUUCCCUGAAUCCUGGGGGAAGCCAUUCAUCUGAUGUGGUGCUUCUGAACCACUGGAAAAUUCGGAAUUACGAAGUUCAGCGUGGUGACAUAGUGUCAUUGGUGUCUCCUAAAAACCCAGAGCAGAAGAUCAUUAAGCGAGUGAUUGCUCUCGAAGGUGACAUUAUCAAAACCAUGGGACACAAAAACCGGUUUGUGAAAGUCCCACGCGGCCACAUCUGGGUGGAAGGAGACCACCACGGACACAGCUUUGACAGUAACACCUUUGGGCCGGUUUCGCUGGGGCUCCUCCAUGCUCAGGCCACUCAUAUUCUCUGGCCCCCGGAGCGCUGGCAGAAGCUAUAUCCCAUUCUUCCUCCGGAGCGUGUGCCCAUUCACAGUCAGAAGGAUUAAUAUGAGGCCCUGGCGGCACCGGUGCUGGAAUGACAUCCACAUUCCCAGAGGGGUCAGAAGGAAUGGAAGCGCCUGAAUUCUGAACAAGACAACGCUGCCCAAGAAUAUACACAGGACACUGUACGACUUCGCCUGAAGAAGAAAGAUGUUCUUGAAGAUCACCCCGGACGGGAUAGCGUGUGAAUUUGAUUAAAUUAAGAUUCGACUAUUAUCCAAUACCAGGAAAAUUACAGAGCUAAAGCUGUAACUAUUCCAUUUCUCGAUGUAAAAAGCAGAACUGAAUACCUGUGUCGAUGAUUUGGUUUUCUCAAUUUGUUGGUCCCUUUAGUGUAUUUUGAUUUGCUAUCUGAGGGCUAAUACAUCCUGGAAGCAAAAAAUUUGUUGAAAGUUAGUAUAGUAGUCAUCAUUCCCUGCUCAGCUUGAAUUCAAGGAAACAUUUACUCGGGAUUGAGUGUUGUGAAUUGUCGUCUCUGGAAAAGUAUCAUUCAGUUAUUGGAUAGAGAACUGUACUGUGUCACAUUAAAAUAAAAUUUAAAAUGGUUGUUUCAUUCA